UGCUGUGCUGCGCUGCUGUUGGAGACGUUUCUGUGGCGUUUGGUUUGGAUCAGCCCAGUCUGGCUGCCCUGUAUCCAGCCCAGGACCAUGGAUGUGAGGAGCAGGAGGGCGCCCCCUGGCGGCUGCCCAGUCACACACAGCAGUGGGGUGAGGGACAGGAGCUGCCGGCAGCAGCUGGGGUUGGGGCUGGGGACCACAGUCAGUGUCCCAGCCCCAGGUACAGCCCCAGCCAGGCUCCCUAACAGCCCGGGCAGGAGGCAUCCCCAGGAGCCGGGGAGCCCGGGCAGGAGGCAUCCCCAGGAGCCGGGGAGCCCGGGCAGGAGGCAUCCCCAGGAGCCGGGGAGCCCGGGCAGGAGGCAUCCCCAGGAGCCGGGGAGCCCGGGCAGGAGGCAUCCCCAGGAGCCGGGGAGCCCGGGCAGGAGGCAUCCCCAGGAGCCGGGGAGCCCGGGCAGGAGGCAUCCCCAGGAGCCGGGGAGCCCGGGCAGGAGGCAGCCCCAGGCAGUGAAGAGACACCAUCACAAGCACAACCUCAAGCACCGCUAUGAGCUGCUGGAGACCAGGGGCAAAGGCACGUAUGGCAAAGUCAACAAGGGCAUCGAGAGGCUGUCAGGCAGAGUGGUGGCGAUAAAAUCAAUUCGGAAAGAUAAAAUCAAAGAUGACCAGGACAUGGUUCAUAUCAGACGUGAGAUUGAGAUCAUGUCGUCCCUCAACCAUCCCCACAUCAUCAAUAUUUAUGAAGUUUUCGAAAACAAGGACAAAAUUGUGAUUGUUAUGGAAUAUGCGAGUAAAGGUGAACUGUACGACUACAUCAGCGAGCGGCGAAAACUGAAUGAGAGGGAGACCAGGCACUUCUUCAGGCAGAUUGUCUCUGCGGUUCAUUACUGUCACAAGAAAGGAGUUGUUCAUAGAGACCUCAAAUUAGAAAACAUCCUUCUGGAUGACAACUGUAACAUUAAGAUUGCUGACUUUGGGCUGUCCAACCUGUACCAUCAGGACCGGUUCCUGCAAACGUUCUGUGGGAGCCCGCUGUACGCCUCCCCAGAGAUUGUUAAUGGACGACCUUAUCGAGGUCCUGAGGUGGACAGUUGGGCACUUGGUGUCCUGCUCUAUACUCUGGUAUAUGGAACAAUGCCCUUUGAUGGUUGCAAUCACAAAAACCUCAUCCGGCAGAUCAGCAGCGGUGAAUACCGUGAACCAACAGAGCCAUCAGACGCACGUGGCCUGAUCAGGUGGAUGUUAAUGGUAAACCCAGAGCGUCGAGCCACAAUUGAAGACAUCGCUAACCACUGGUGGGUGAAUUGGGGUUACAAGCUGAGCGUGUGUGACUGUGAGUCAGCCCGGGACUCUGAGUCUCCUCUCCUGGCCCACUUUAUAGACUGGCAGCAUCGCUCCUCCAGCUUACACUCUGAGAGCGAGUCCAAGGUAAAGUGCCUAGUCAAGCAGUACAAUUGCCAGGUCACAUUGGAGCGUCAGAAAUCUGUCAAGAAAUCCAAAAAGGGAAAGGACAUUGCACACUCGCUGCAAGAGGGAGCUUCUAACGAGACUCCGUCCAAAUCGAUUUUGAAGAGGCCCAAAGGGAUCUUAAAGAAACGAGGUAACAGUGAUUAUCGCUCUCACAGCACUGGGGCAAUGGAGGGACUGGCUGGCCAGGUUGGCCCCUCCUGUGUGUUGAAGACUGAUCAGGAGUUGAGCAAAUCUGUUGUUUCUUCUGGGGCCACAGGAGACAUUGACCAAAGCUCUCAGCACAAACUGGCCAAUAAAUACCCCAGCUCAAUGCUGCCAAAGAAGGGAAUCCUGAAAAAGACACAGCAACGGGAAUCUGGCUAUUAUUCUUCUCCUGAGCGCAGUGAAUCUUCUGAGCUGCUUCACCCUGACUGUGCUGCAGAUAUCAGCUCCAUCAGAGGCGAGGUGGGGCUAAAGAGCUCUGGCCUGAUUGCGUACAGGAGAAAAGGGAUUCUCAAAUACAACAGUAGGUUUUCUGCCAAUAGUAUGAACGCUCCCUCGGCCGGGCUAUCACUGCACAUCACCGAGUCUCUGGAGACCAUGAUGGUGUCAGAGGAUGGAUUAACACAAACUCGCAGUCGCCCGUCCAGUGUGAUCAGUGACGACAGCAUCCUCUCCAAUGAAUCCUUUGACUUGCUGGACCUGCCCGAGGACAAGGCGAGUCGAGGCCGGCUACGAGGCUGUGUGUCUGCGGAGAAUCUGCUCCACUUGGAGGACUUUGAGGAGCUCCAGAUCCACCCCCAGAUCAGGAACAUGAAGUGUUACCGGAGCCAGCUAAGCGACAGUAAAUUUUCUCUGUUCAUGGACAUGGAAGACGUCACUCAGGUCUAUAAGAAAGCCCUGGAGAUCUGCAAUAAAUUCAACUGAUGAACAAGGCCCAGGGGCGUUGCUUACUAACUAGAUGGACUGAUUCACAUUGUUAGUAAAGUGUAGUGACUGUUUCAGGCCAGGCUAGACCUGAGCUCUAUUUAGCUCAUCCAAAGUGGUUCUGUUUGUUAGCGGUGAGGCUGAUCACAUGUCAGUUCCUCAAACUGAUUGAUUGACGGUGCACAGAAUCCACUGAUGUCACAUGUGAUGGACUGAAUGAGGAGAGACAGGAAAUGCUAAGUUGAAGAAGGGACUGAGAAAGUAGUGCAGGCGAAUGGAUUGGAAAGGCAGUGAGGUGGUAGGUUGGAGUGUGGUGAGUGGUGAUGGCUAAGCAUGUGGUUUGAAGGCAAAGAAGUCACAAGGUUUGUGUAGUUAGACUGGAAUUGGCAGCGUAUGGAACAAGGCAGAAAGGAUUUCUGAUAGAUUAUAUGCUUGAAACUCUUCAUUACUUCCUAGAAUGGAAGGAACAUUUUUAUGAACGCAAUAGAACAUUAUUACUGGGAACCUCUUGUGACAAAUGUUUGUUUUGGUUCUGGCAAAACUCCAUCAUAAUCACUGAAGGAGCUCAGAUCUUAAUAAUAAUCCUUGCAUUUGAUAUAGCGCCUUAUCCUGUCUUCGAGACAUCUCAGAGCGCUUCACAGAAUAUACUGUAAAGUGAGUGUAUAUUUUGUGGGCGAAACGAAUAAGAACCAAUAAAGGAACCAAGUCUUGUGUUAGUCUGUAAUAAUGAGCUUUGAAAUAUAGAAGCUAUAAGAAAACGCGCUGAAAUUCUUGAAAAGAUGUGUUAACCUUGGGUCUGUUUGCUAAUGUUAAAGAAUCUCCUACUUGGCGACGUGCUGUGUAUCAUCUGUGUAUAUUCAUAAUGUGAAACCGAAUGACUGCUUAUAUGUCAAACUGGAAACUACAUCUGUAGAGAGACUCACUGACAUAUUUUUGUUAUUAUUCCUAUGAAACUUGACUGGACAACCUUUUUUAUAGUAUUAUAUUUUAUUUAAGUUUUAAAUGUUGACUGCAACAUGAUCUGUUUCAACGUGCCUUUUAUUUAUUGGUCUCAAAGCCAUGUGAAAGAUGUAAUAUAUUGUGUAAAAUGAUAAAAUUGUGCCAAUGUUGUAAAGCCAAAGUAUCUGAGUUUGUGGCUGUGAGGUUUGGAUGUUUCUGCACUAGGAAUAGCUGGAGAACAACCCAAAGUGUCUGUUACCAAGUGACUUUGCCUUAGAAAAACAGUCUCAACUCCACAGCUGUUACUGUCCAUUUCAAUGCAUUAAAUAACUUACUAAUGAAA